AUGAGGUAUCCGCCAAUUGAGAAGCUAUGUUGUGCUUUGGUGUGGACAACACGAAGGUUGAGGCAAUACAUGUUGUACCAUACAACUUGGCUAAUCUCAAAGCUAGACCCUCUCAAAUACAUGAUGGAGUCAACCGCUUUAAAUGGAAGGAUGGCCCGGUGGCAGAUUCUGCUCUCCGAAUUUGACAUAGUCUAUGUAAACCAAAAAGCUGUGAAGGGGAGUGCAAUAGCAGAUUUCCUAGCCAGUAGAGCUUUGGAGGAUUAUGAACCUUUGAAUUUCAAUUUCCCCAAUGAAGAUCUAAUGUAUGUAGCAAUCGUUGAAGGGGACAUACCUAAAAAUCAUUCCUGGAAAUUAAAUUUUGACAGAGCAUCAAAUGCCGUUGGAAAUGGAGUUGGGGCAGUACUAAUAUCCCCAAAUAGAGAUCAUUAUCCGUUCACUUGCAAGCUGGAUUUUGACUGCACAAAUAACAUGAGAGAAUACGAGGCAUGUAUUAUGGGAAUUCGGGCAGCUAUAGACCGCGAAAUCAAAGUAUUAGAAGUGUACGGAGACUCUGCAUUGGUAAUUUAUCAGCUUAAAGGCGAGUGGGAAACGAGAGAUCCCAAAUUGAUCAGUUACCGAAAGUUAAUCCUGGAGUUAAUUGAAAAGUUUGAUGAUAUUACCUUUCAUUACCUCCCGCGAAGCGAGAAUCAGAUGGCUGAUGCCUUGGCUACACUGGCUUCCAUGGUCAAAGUAAAUGAACAGGAGGAUAUGAAGCCAAUUCAGAUGAGUAUUUGUGAGGCCCCAGCUCACUGCUGUAAUGUUGAUGAAGAGGAAGAGAGAGAUGAUCAUCCUUGGUAUCAUGAUAUCUUAUAA